AUGGAACCCGGGGAGUCCCGGGAGCCCCGCGAGCCCGGGCCGGGAGCAGAGACCGCCGCGGCCCCGCACUGGGAGGAAGCCAAGACUUUCUAUGACAACCUCGCGCCCCAGAAGAAACCCAAAUCGCCCAAGCCUCAGAAUGCCGUCACCAUUGCUGUGUCCUCCCGAGCCCUGUUCCGCAUGGACGAGGAGCAGCGGAUCUACACGGAGCAAGGCGUGGAGGAAUAUGUGCGCUACCAGCUGGAACACGAGAACGAGCCCUUCAGCCCUGGACCAGCCUUCCCCUUCGUGAAGGCUCUGGAGGCUGUGAACAGGCGGCUGCGGGAGCUGUACCCUGAGAGUGAGGACCUCUUCGACAUCGUCCUGGUGACCAACAACCACGCUCAAGUGGGUGUCCGUCUCAUCAACAGCAUCAACCACUAUGACCUGUUCAUUGAGAGGUUCUGCAUGACAGGCGGCAACAGCCCCAUCUGCUACCUCAAGGCCUAUCACACCAACCUCUACCUGUCGGCUGAUGCAGAAAAAGUGCAGGAAGCCAUUGAUGAAGGGAUCGCAGCGGCCACCAUCUUCAGCCCCAGCAGGGACGUGGCUGUGUCCCAGAGUCAGCUGCGCGUGGCCUUCGACGGGGACGCUGUGCUUUUCUCGGACGAGUCGGAACGCAUCGUGAAGGCCCAUGGGCUGGACAGGUUCUUUGAGCAUGAGAAGGCCCACGAGAACAAGCCUUUGGCCCAGGGCCCCUUAAAGGGCUUCCUGGAGGCACUGGGGAGACUGCAGAAGAAGUUCUACUCCAAGGGCCUGCGACUGGAGUGUCCGAUCCGCACGUACUUGGUGACAGCGCGCAGUGCAGCCAGCUCGGGGGCCCGGGCUCUCAAGACCCUGCGCAGCUGGGGCCUGGAGACGGAUGAGGCCCUGUUCCUUGCAGGAGCACCCAAGGGUCCCCUUCUGGAGAAGAUCCGCCCGCAUAUCUUCUUUGAUGACCAGAUGUUCCACGUGGCUGGGGCUCAGGAGAUGGGCACGGUGGCCGCCCAUGUGCCUUAUGGUGUGGCUCAGACAUCCCGGCGGACCUCACCUACGAAGCAGGCCCCCCCUGCACAGUAG